AUGGUUUUCGGAUUGCGGAGGUCUACGCACGGAAGCGGCGCACAAACGGAGGCACAUUCGCACCAUGAGAGCAGUGCUGACUUUACCAGCUUCCAAUACAUCAUCCGUUUGUUGAACACAAACGUCGAUGGCAAGCAGAAGGUCAUGUACGCCUUGACCAAGAUCACUGGUGUCGGUCGCCGAUACUCCAACUUGGUCUGCAAGAAGGCCGAUGUCGAUCUGUCCAAGCGCGCUGGUGACCUCACCUCCGAAGAGCUUGAGCGUAUCGUUACCAUCAUCCAGAACCCCCUCCAGUACAAGAUCCCCGCUUGGUUCCUCAACAGGCAGCGCGAUAUCGUCGAUGGCAAGAACAGCCAGGUCCUCGCCAACGGUGUCGCUUCCAAGCUCCGUGACGAUCUCGAGCGCUUGAAGAAGAUCCGCGCUCACCGUGGUCUCCGUCACUACUGGGGCCUCCGUGUCCGUGGUCAGCACUCAAAGACCACCGGUCGUCGCGGCCGAACCGUCGGUGUCUCCAAGAAGAAGGGUUAA